AUGGGAAGUGGAGGGGUUCCGAAGGAUCUGGUGAAUUCCACCAUCAUCAACGUGCUUUGCGACGUGCUGGGGGAUCCUGACCUCUCCGACUUUUCGGUACCUCUGAUGGACAUGGGCUUGGACUCGCUGUCGGCCGUGGAGUUCCGCAAUCGCGUCCAAGCCUCCUUCGAUGGCCUCCACCUGGCGUCCACCGUCAUGUUUGACUAUCCCACCGUUGCAGACUUGACCGACUACAUCGUGGCACAGUUCAGCGAUGGGGAUGAAGGUGACGAAGCGGCCAUUGGAGGUGUCCGGGAUCUCAACACGAACGAGCCAAUGGCCACAGUCGGAAUGGCCGCCAGGUUCCCAGGUUGCCAUGGCAAUGGCACGAAUGAGUAUUGGGCUAUGCUAUGUGCAGGACUUGACAUGAUCUCUACGGUCCCCAUUGAACGAUGGGACAUCGACCUCUACCACGAUCCUGACCCAUCGGUGCCGGGCAAGAUGUACACUCGCUGGGGCGGCUUCAUUUUCGGCCUGGAGGGCUUCGACAACAAGAUGUUCGGCAUCGCAGAGCCGGAAGCACAGGCCAUGGACCCACACCAGCGGAUUCUGUUGGAGGUGGUCUACGAGUCUUUCUGGAACGCCGGCCUGGACAAGGAGCAGCUCUCCAACACCAACUGUGGCUGCUACGUCGGCUGCGCCACGUUGGGCGGCAUCAGCGUCCAGGACUUGAUGCAGAGCAGAAAAGCAGCCUCUUUGGGUUCACUUCUGGGUCCCUGCUAUAGGAAGUCUUAUAGGAACUGCAGAACCCUAACCGUACGCCUGUUGCAACCCCCAGAGUACCUUCAUAUUGUGGCCCUGAGUUUGAAGCCGGCGAGAUGCGGUCAGCAGGGCAAGAUUUUGUGA